UAUAGUUUAGACGUUUAACCAACUAUGACGACUUAAGCUGCUGAGAAACCCGGAAAUGUGAAAAAGCUCCAUUACACAAUUUUAAAUUUUUGACAUUAUUGUUUAUAACGUCAGUAAUCUAGUAUAUCUGAUUUGUUUGUCACCCUGUAACAACAUUUUUAGAAGGAAUUUAGCAUACUGUAUUCACUGCACAGAGCAGCUUUUUCAAUUCUUCUGUACUCUGUGUGAAUGAGAGUUGAGCACAAGAGGAGUACACAGACUGCAGAGGGCACCAGCUACUGAGGGGAGCAUCUCAUUUUCCUGGUCCCCCUCCCCUGAAAUCUUAGUUUUCUUCUUCUUCUUCAUGUAAAACCUUUUUUAUACAGUCUAUGUGUAAAACCUCCUUUUGGCUAGCGGUGGCCCUACAGGAUGUUAUGGACAACACAAGAAAAUUAUAAACAAAUAUAAACUUUGACUUCUUUGUAUUUGAAUUCUUUCUCAGUGUUCAUUGUUCUAAUUUUGCUCAGUUUAAGUUUGUUGAGGGAAAUGUGCUUUGUGAGUAUCAGUGGAAACUGAUAUUUCUCAUAGUCAGUGUCACUCAAAGUGUUACAGAAUAAGCCUCCAACCAGACAAGAGUGUGACUGAGCCAUAAGUCACACGACUUGUGGGUGGGCUCUUUUGACUUAUGCCAGUAAACAACCACAGUGAACACCCGAGCCUAAAAACAAAACUAGUUCACUUUUUAAUGUUUGACCAAUGUGACAAUUUUAAGAACCUUAACAAAUUAUUCGCAUCUGGAUGCUGUAUGAAUGUGCUGUAUGAAUUACUGUGGUGUUGUAUCACACCCAAGGAAGUAAUAUGGAAGGAAGUACAUACUUUAGGGGAACACAUCAAUUCUAAUCCUUAUGCUUUUUAAAUGAAGUCUUCUUUGUGUCACUUUUAUGUGUUUAACACAGUGACCUGUGCAACUUCAGUCUGCCAGUGAGUGAGUGUUGGCAUAGAAACCUUGCUGCAGUGAAGCAUUUUAAGACAGCUAGCUGGAACUCAGUAGCUCUUGACUAACAUAAACGAAUGUAAAUGCUAUGCAUAAACAGUGACAUCUCCGUGGCACGUGUCAGCAGAAAUAAUGAACAUUAACUGUGUGCAGUCAGUUAAAAUAUAGUUUAUAUGUAAUGUAUGUUGUGAUCCCCAAAAAACAAUAAACAUGAGCCAUUAAACUAUUUAUUGCAAUUUGGCCACUGUAAGUUGAAUGCCAGAUACAGUUUUAAAAUUAAACGGACAUUCUAAUGUGUUAAUGCUUCAGUACACUAGACACCAAUGUGAUAUAAAAAGUUAUUUUCACAAGAUACAUAAGAGAGGAUGAGAAAUAUUAAAGUGCAAGCAGAGGGAGAGCUGAUUUUAAUGAGACCCACUACAAUCCCCUUCCAGGCCCUUCAGUACAAGGCUUUUGUUGGCUGUCACUGUUCAGUUUUUAGUUGCCAAGCAGGACCGUGUCGGAAUUCCUCUUGCCUCUGUGAGCGGACUCUAGCAGAUUUCAACCAUUUUCAUCAAAAUGAAAAACAAUCUCUUAUGCUUUCUCGGUCUGUCCAUUAUCGGAAUAGUGUCAGGUGACAGUUGCUCGCUAGAGAUAUCUCCCUCCAGAGCAGUGGUGAAAUUUGGGGAUCCGGUGUUGGUUAGCUGUGUGGCCUCUCGCCCAGUACGUGUGCUGGGAUGGGAAUCGGUCAUUGCCGCAUCGCACACUCAGAAUGACCUCAGUGUUCAGUGGCGGGUGGACAGUUUGACUGACUGGAUUGAGGAGCCAAUCUGCUAUGGUGUUUUUUUCACUGCACCCAGACAGUGUGAGGAAAAACUCAACCUUGUUCUGUACAAGAAACCAGACAGUGUGUCCAUAAGUUUAGUGAAUCACAGCAGUCCAGUGGCGGAAGGAAGAGAGUACCAUCUACAGUGUGAGGUGCAGAACGUCGCACCUGUCCAAUACCUUGUUUUACGAUGGUACCGAGGAAAAACUGAGGUUUACAAUCACUCAUUCUCAGAGUUAACCCCUGCAACACCAGUCCAGGUGUCCUCCACCUUGCUGAUUGUCCCACACAGAGCUGAUAAUGGUGCUCAGUACAGGUGUGAAGCAGAGCUGCAGCUGGGAGCAGAAGGACCUCAACCUCCUCCAACAGCUCAGUCUGAAGUUCUCAACGUUGCUGUUCAAUACCCGCCUGACUUCCGCAGUCCAGAGGAAGAGAUACUGGACAUCAGCGAGGAUAGUGAAAUAGUGCUGGAUUGUACUGCGGAGGGUAACCCACCUCCUGUGUAUAUCUGGACCUCCUCAAACCUUCAGGAGCAGGCUGAUAAUCAGCCUGUUUUGAGAGCUGCAUCCUUGGGCCCAGGUGUAUAUACAUGCACAGCGUCCAAUAUCCUGGGGAAAAAGAGCAAACAGUUUGUCAUCAAGCACAAAUCCAAAGGUGUUUAAGUCCAGAGACCUUGAGAACGAACCGAAGAUAUAUAGUUCCAGAUUGUACGCUCAGGACUUUCUGGACGUGGGAGAUCAAAAUCUAGCUUGGCUCUUUGUUACAUUUUAGAUGUUUUUAGGGGACUCUCUUUUCAGGGGUUAUGAACUGUUAAAUAUGAGAGUCAAACCUAAGUGUAAAAUCUAUCCUAGUAAGCUUUAUUCAUUUUAACAAAGCAUUUGUGUGUUCCAUGACACACUGAGAUGGCUUUGACAUUUUAAUGUUUUUGUAGAUAUUUACUCACCCAAUAAUAAUAAUAAUAAAGAUUAAUACAGUACAAAAGA